UUCGUGUUCACCAAUUCAUAAGACUGCGAGCCGCAACCCCACUCCCCACCUUCUCCUUUCCCAUAUCAUCCCUCCAUUCUUUGUUGAACCUUCCAGAACCUUCAUUCCCCUCUCUCUCUCUUCUUUCUCUCUCUCCUCCAACUUGCCCAAGAAACUUCUCUCCAUUUUUUUAUGCUUCAAGGUCUAGAACUUUCCAACUAUCUCCAUCCCCAUUUGGUAUUUAAGCAAUUGGAUUUCAUUUUUAUUGCUUUCCCAAUGAAAUAUCAGUAUCCACCCCCCCCCCCCUCUCUCUCUCUUUUUUAUUCUCUCUCUUCUUGUUUGUUGAUUGAAGUGAAUGAAAUUUUUUCGGGGCGAACUUGAUUUCUACUCGAUUGUUGCAGAGAUGAAUCCUCUGUUUCCAAUCAAGGAAGAGUUUACGGGAUCCAGUUCGUCGGAUGUCGACGGAGAACGAUCGGCUGUUUUGACUCCUCCGGUGCCGAUGGAGGGUCUUCACGACGCUGGUCCACCGCCGUUUUUAACUAAAACCUUUGAAAUCGUUGAUGAUUUUAAUACUGAUCAUGUAAUUUCUUGGAGCUUUAGUGGAACUAGUUUCAUCGUUUGGGAUCCCCAUUGUUUCUCCACUCAAUUGCUUCCGAGAUUCUUUAAACAUAAUAACUUUUCUAGCUUCGUUCGUCAACUUAAUACUUACGGAUUUAGAAAGAUAGACCCAGAUAGAUGGGAGUUCGCAAAUGAGGGGUUUAUCAGGGGCCAAAAGCAUCUUCUUAAAAACAUAAAGAGAAGAAGAACAACAAGUUAUCAUCAUCAUCAAACUCUUCAAUCACAAGGAGCUAGUGGAGCUUGUGUAGAAGUUGGUCAAUUUGGAGUUGAUGCUGAAAUGGAUCGUUUGAAACGUGACAAACAAGUGCUGAUGAUGGAGUUGGUGAAGCUAAGGCAAGAGCAACAGAACACAAGAGCUUAUCUUCAAGCAAUGGAGCAGAGGCUUAGAGGAACUGAAAUUAAGCAAAAACAAAUGAUGAAUUUCUUAGCAAGAGCUAUGAAAAACCCAUCAUUUAUUCAGCAGUUAGUUCAACAGAAGGAGAAGAGAAAAGAGCUUGAAGAAGCCAUAACUAAGAAAAGGAGAAGACCCAUUGAACAAGCUGGCCAACGUAACUGUGGUGGUGGUAGUGGAAGAUUCUUAGGUGAAGGUUCAAACACUAUUAAGAUUGAACCAUUAGAAAGUGAUGAAUAUGGGUUUGGAAUAACAGAGCUAGAAGCACUUGCUUUGGAGAUGCAAGGGCUUGGCAAAACAAGAUAUGAAGAUGGGGAGGAAGAAGAAGAUGAAGAAGAUGAUGACGAUCUUCUUCCACCAGAAGAUGAAGAUAAAGUACUUGAUGAAGGGUUUUGGGAAGAAUUGUUCAGUGAAAGGUUGGAAGAAGCUAGAAAUGAAGACGAAAAUGUGAAUGUUUUGGCUGAUAGGUUGGGCUAUUUGGGCUCAAGCCCAUCAUAGAAACUCACAAUGUGCUUCAUGGGUAGAGUUAAAAUGAGUCCCUUUAAUGAGUCCCUUUUUGAACUCAAAGUUCAAAAAACCAGCUCUCUCACUUGGGCCUUUUGGGGGGUUUUGAUCUAAACUAAACCAAAACCCCAUUUAUAACCUUUCUUUUGGUUUACAUAUGGCAGGACAAAGAAGAAGAAAAAAAGAUCAGUGCUAUCAACAGGGACAUAUAAUUAAACAAAACAUCCUUACCUCUUCUCUGUUUUUGGCUUAAUCUUUCUUUCUAACCCUAAAAUAAAAUGUUGUUGAUGAAUUUCCCUUUUACCCCUUCAGCGACCACUUCCUCAUAUUCUCUUCUACUGUGGCUUUUAUUAGGUUUGCAGGAGUAUCUAAUCUGGUUGGGACUCAGUUCUGUGUUAAUCCUGUUAGUGAGGGCCUCAAGAUUUUGAUCACUCACUCCAAAGCUCUCAAUCAAAUUGGAAAAGAUCUGUUGCCGAAUCGCUUGAAGAAUCGAAUUACAAGCUGUGUUUCGUGCAUUUGGUUCAUCAUGAUCUCCUACAAGCUUAUUCCAACCAACAAAGGAAUCCAUCAAGACAAAUGCUUUGACUUGGUGGCAUCUGUGUUGUGAUCACAGAUUGAGUUACUUUUUGUUGGAUCUGCAAUCAAAUCUUGGAAUAUGGAUCUGUGAUGAUACUUAAUCCGUCAAUAGUGACAUGAUGAUGUGACGAUGAUUGACGAUGAUUAACUAAUGAAUAAUGUCAUCUAACUUUGCCCGACAUGGUAAAGAAAAGUCGGCAGAAUCAUGGUUUGACAAAAUGGAACAAACGAGAUUUAUUGCA